AUGACAACGAAGUACAAGCUGAACACCGGGGCAGAGAUCCCUGCCAUCGGAUUUGGCACCUGGCAGGAUGCAGGUGAGCAGGAAGAAGCUGUAGCAGAGGCAAUCAAAGCUGGGUAUCGUCACAUUGACACUGCACGUGUCGCUGAUGUAAAAACAAGGUAUGAAACAGAGAAAGCCGUAGGAAAAGGCGUCAAGAAAAGCGGCAUCCCACGUAAGGAUAUCUUCAUCACCACCAAGCUCUGGAGCAAUAAGCAUCACCCGGAUGAUGUCGAAUCGGCUUUGCAGCAGUCUCUGGACGAUCUUGUAACAGAUUAUGUGGACCUCUAUCUGAUGCAUUGGCCAGUAGCCUGGGAGCGAGGCGAGGAAUUCUUCCCAAAGCAGAACGGCAAGCCUGUGAUGGACAACAUUGACAUCGUCGAUGUAUGCUGUACCUGCAUAUCACAUGUGGUAUCAACAGUGCUAAUUCGAGGACAGACAUGGAAGGCCAUGGAGCUGCUUCUGAAAACCGGCAAGGCCAAAGCAAUCGGUGUCUCCAACUUUGACAAAUUGGAGAUGGAGCGCCUGAUCAACAACAGCUCGAUCGUGCCCGCCGUGCACCAGAUGGAAUGCCACCCGUGGCUGCAACAGAAUGAUUUCACAAAGUGGCAUCGAGAAAAUGGUAUACACGUCACGCAUUACUCGCCAUUUGGGAACCAGAACACCUUCUAUGGAGACAAAGGUGGGACCUCGAAGUUGAUCGACGAGCCUGUCUUAGCACAUAUUGGUGAAUAG